UUCGUUAAUAAUCACAUCGAAUCUGUUUAAAAAGGAAAAAUAAUGGCAAAGGAACUUCAGUUAUUUCUAAUAGGGCUUCAAAAUAAAACAGAACUUAUUCGCAUUCAUGAGGAUGCAAGUAUUGCUCAGCUGAGAAGACUGAUUCAUGACAAAACCUCGAUCGGCCUCGAUGAAAUGAGAGUAAUCUACUGUACUAAGGAAUUGCGGGAUACUGGUCAGAAUAAUGAAGAGCUGUUCCUGAAAGACUUCAACAUUCAAGAUGAAGGGAGUCUUGUAUUGGUACUUCGUUUACCUGGAGGGUCAAGUCAAAAGGGACAGACCAAUGAAACUGCUCCAGGGACAGUGGAAAUUGUUGACUCGGAUAGUAUAGAUACUACUGAGGAUCUUUCCCCUCCCUUAAAAGUUUAUGGUUCUGAUGUUGAGCUCACCUCAGAACCGGAUAUGAUAACAUUUGAUGAUGACAAGGAUGGUCAAAGAGCAAAAAUGCCGUGUGGUCAUGCAAUAGGUCCCGAAUCACUCACGGCUUACUGCAGGAGUCUUUUCGAGUGGAAAAUACGAAUUUCGAUGCCCACAUAUGGAUCCAUCCUACUGUGGUCGGCUCUGGGAGUUCUAUACAGUAAAGAAGUGUGCAGUGCUGACAAAGGAAGAAAGAAAAGAAUUUGAGACAAAAAUAGCGAUAAAUUUCCUGAGAAAAGGUGUUGGGAUUCAAGAAUGUCCUAGAUGUCAAUCGUAUUGUGAGCGUAUGAAUCGGAAAGAUAUCCGCGUAAGAUGUCCUCUUUGUUCUAGAAAAGGCGAGGGGUUAUUUGAAUUUUGUUGGUUUUGUUUACGAAAAUGGUCAACGUCAGGCAUCGCUCAAUGUGGAAACCUUAACUGUUCAGGAGAAGAUCCAAGAAAGAAAAUUUUGCGAGAGUGUCAAGAAAAGAUUGUUGUCGGUGUUAGUUGUCCUGCUGUAAGGGCUUGUCCAAAAUGUGGUUUAAUGAUUGAACACAGGGAAGCAUGCAAGCAAAUGGAGUGUCCAUGUGGACAGAAAUUUUGUUUUAUUUGCUUGAAAAAAGCAGAUGAAAGAGGACACUACACCUGUGGAGCCUGGAACUUUAAAUGUGAAAAAGCACCAGUUCAGACUCAGCUUCCUUGAAUACCAAUGUAAUAAAUGUACAUGUGAUACCGAUUCAAAUGAUAAAACAAUUAAGUUCAUAGUUUUAAAGUUUUAUCAUUUUUUUGGUAAUUCUAUAAAGUUGCUUUUUUUUUUUUAAAGAUUGUUGAUUACUUAAAUUAGUUUUUAAAAUAAUGAAACUGUU